ACAGCCCCUCCGGUUACCGGCGGCGGCAGCAGCAGCAGCAGCAGCUUCGCACCCGGCAGCCACCCGACGGCGCGGCGGCCCCGGGAGCCUUGCGGCCAACCCCCCCGGUGGUCGUCGGGCAGCGUUGUCCGUGCCAGCCGGAUCCCCCGCGGACUGCCUGCGCCUCCUGGCGGCCCCCCGGGCGCUUGACUCGGCCCCGCCGCCGAGGAGCCAUGUCCGAGGGACGCGCCGCCGGCGACUGGGAGAUCGACGUGGAGAGCCUGGAGGGGGAGGCGGCCGAGGGCCCCGGCGCGCCGCGGGAGGAGGAGGAAGAGGAGGAGGAAGGCGAGGAGGCGGCGGGGGCAGCGGCUCCGCGGCGCGGCGGCGGAGUCGGGGAGCCGCGUAAGCUGAGCCGCACGCCCAAGUGCGCCCGGUGCCGCAACCACGGCGUGGUGUCGUGCCUCAAAGGCCACAAGCGCUUCUGCCGCUGGCGGGACUGCCAGUGCGCCAACUGCCUCCUGGUGGUGGAGAGACAGCGGGUGAUGGCCGCCCAGGUGGCUCUCCGCCGCCAGCAGGCCACCGAGGACAAGAAGGGGCUGGCCGGGAAGCCGGCGAGCCUGGAGCGCAAAGCCGUCUACCAGAGGCACGUCCGGACGCCCAGCCUCCUGGCCAAGAGCAUCCUGGAAGGUUACCGUCCUAUUCCAGCAGACCCGUACUUGGGAGGGAAUUCACCCUUACCACCCCCUGUAAGUGACAGGAUGAGAAAGAGACGGGCUUUUGCUGAUAAAGAGCUGGAGAACAUUAUGCUAGAGAGAGAAUAUAAAGAAAGAGAGAUGAUGGAAGCUACGCAAGCAGCUGCCCUCUUUCUCCCUAACCGCAUGGUGCACGGAGCUGAAUACAACUCGUACAAAACAGCAUUCAACCCUGCUCAAGUUGAUGCUCCAAACAAGGAGUUUUGCAACUUUUUACCAACCUGCCUCGAUCUAACCAUGCAGUAUUCGGGAUCUGGCAACAUGGAACUGAUUUCUUCAAAUGUCAGUGUAGCUGCUACCUACAGGCAGUAUCCCCUGUCUUCUAGAUUCUUAGUGUGGCCGAAAUGUGGCCCCAUUAGCGAUGCUCUCCUCUACCAGCAAUGCCUCUUAAAUGCAACUACGGUCCAGGCUCUCAAACCUGGAGCAGGUUGGGAUGCCAAGGUCUCUCAGAUGCAGGACUGUCCAAGCACUGAGCAGGACAUCAUGUCUCCAAAACUGGAAAAUGCACUCAUACUGACCCACACGCAAGACAUUCAGCAGUCAUGUAGCGAGAUACAGUGCCUUCCCCAGGAAACUCGGGAGAGGUCAGCUUUCUCUCCUCCGAAAAGGACUUUCUCUCAGAUUUCUGAUAAGGAUUCUCUGGCUCCUCAAGAACAGGUAUUAAGCAAGGUCAGCAAAGACACUACCAAGCCCCCUCCGCCACUCAAAUACAAUCCAUUUCAUUCACUGUUCACGCAGACAUUUCCAGACAAAUCUGGAGCAGAGCUGAGAACAUCACUUGUGAAAGAGACUUCUGAAGAAGCAUCUAAGAAAUACAGAGAUUGCAGCAUUAAAGAGAACCCAAAGUGCAAGUUUACGAUAGACAAAUGUGCAAAAGACUUCUUUGGGGCCAAACAGGCCACAACAAAACUUUCAACAACCGAGCCACUGUCAUUUUCAGUUGAAUCCAUUCUUAAACGACCUUCUUCUGCAGUUGCUAAUGUCUCUCAAUAAAUAAAUUAUACCUUCCGUGUAGAGAGUUUGUAUACUUUGUCUUCUGCAAAAUUGCUACUGCCUGCUUUUUCUAUUAAAAGAUCUGUAAAGAGGAAUUUCUGCUGUAAAUGGUAAUUCCCCCCCCCCCUUAAAAAAAAAAAAAUCUUAAAAUGAUGUAUAUAACUUUGCAUGUUUUCUGAGGAAAAAAAUAUAUUUUUUAAAAUUAAAACUGCAUGUAGACUGUAAAGUGUUCUUUUAAGUGGCACUUCAAACCGUUCAAUAAAAUGAGAUUGCCUAUAAGCACAGAUACUUUUCACCACACCAAUAAUAUCUCCUGAUCUCAGUUUUGUCUCUAGUCUCUUGCAAACAAGUAAGCUCUACUUUCAUAACAUACCUGUUCUUUUAUCUAUUAUCAAUGUACUUGAUGGAGUAAGUGCUCCCUGCUUUGAACUCUCAGUAACUGAGAGAAGAGGUGCAUGGACAUAGUGUGAAUUGGAAGACUUUUAUUAAAUUCACUUUGGAUCAGAUUCCAAAUGCCUGUCUUACUCUAAAUGGGAAGUGC